UAAAUAGUCUAGAUCUUGCUGUAACUCGCUGUUGCCCUUUCAUUCAUUCCUUCGCGACUCAUUUAUAAAUUUUCAAUUUCCAUUCGGAGUCGCCCUCACAGCGAAGCACAACCUAACUACCGCCAUAGUGAUUCAUUUCCAUCGUAAUGGCAACUCUCACAGGGACGUCAGGUUGCGCGUGGCGUCAGUGUUUGCCGUCAGUUACACGUCCGCUCGCGCUCAGACGCACCGUGCGGUGUAGAGCUGCGUACCAAACAGAGGCAGGGAUGCCGCCACAGCCUCCACCCCCACCUCCGCCUCCGGGACCGGGCAGCUUUACGCGGCGGAGCCUGUUGCAGCGGUUUGGUGGUUUCGGAGCAGCGGCGGCGGUCGGGGGCGUCGUGGGCUUCCUGGCGGGCUCCCGUAGCGGUGGCGGCGAGAGCGACGAGUUGCGGCGGGAGCUGCAUUUCCGUCGGGACUAUGACGGUCACGUGUUCGUUCGCGAUGGGCGGGGUAGCUGGUGGGAGGUGCGGCUAGACGCCAAGCUGCCGGGCACCCUGCUGCUGCGGGACCCUCGAGACGGCGUGUAUUUCAUCACCUACAACAACAUCCAGCAGAUCGACUUGACCGACGACUACGUGGUUGGGUCUCUAUUCGCGGGCGGGGACUGGGAGGCGAUUGCGCAGCGGGUGCAGGCGCGAGACGACGCGGGGGCGCUGGUGGACGUCAAAAUGCCCAAGGACGCCUUCCGCGACAUGAUCUCCGUGAUGGAUUGAUUGAUUGAUCGACUGAUUGGUUUUUUAACGAUUUCCUGGACGUACUUC